AUUAGUUGCAUUCAAUCCGUAGCCAUGAAGUUAAUUUCCUUGAUUUUUGCCUUAGGGUUUUUGGCCCUGGCCAGUGCCUCUCCGCUGGUUCCUGGUGACGUUGUUAUAAAUGGAGAUUGCCGAAGCUGUAAUGUCCAUGGAGGUUAAAAUUUGAAUUUGGUUAAUAUUCAAAAUAAAUGGUAUACGAACACGA